AUGGCGCCGGUAGCUUUCCAGAUUAUGUCCGAUCUGCAUCUCGAGACACAUCCUACCUACGACUACGAAAUCAAAUUAUCCGCGCCGUAUCUCGCUCUCCUUGGUGAUAUCGGCCAUGUAGGCGACGAAGGCCUCUACAAGUUCUUUGAGAAGCUGUUGAAGCGUUACUGGGUCGUCUUCUUUCUUCUGGGCAACCACGAGCCUACAUAUCAGACCUGGCAGAUUGCCAAGGACCGCAUCCGCGCCUUCGAGCGGAGGCUACAACAUCUGCACUCCAACUCGACGAUUGGAAAGUUUGUCUUUCUUGAUCAGACCAGAUAUGAUGUCACCGAUACUUUGACGGUGCUUGGCUGCACCCUUUUUACGAAUGUGCCGCCCGAGCAGGCAACAGAUAUUCGCGACAGAAUGGUGGACUUCAAGGGCAUUCGGGAAUGGACUGUCAAUGACCAUAACGCCGCGCAUCAAUCGGACGUCGAGUGGCUCAAUAGCCAGGUUGCCUCCAUCUCCGCAGCGGAGCCGCACCGGGAAAUUGUGGUCUUUACACAUCACUGUCCUACCAAAGAUGAGAGGGCGCUUGACCCGAGGCACGUCGACAGUCCUGUAUCAUCUGGGUUUGUUUGCGACAUGCGGGGAGAGCCGUGCUGGCAGAACAAGUCGGUUGUCUGUUGGGGUUUUGGACAUACGCACUACACCUGCGAUUUCAUCGACGAGCAUGGGACGAGAGUUGUGGCUAAUCAGAAAGCCAUGCCCGUAUACUGCAUCACUGGAACGAACCGCGGUCUUGGCCUUGAGUUCGUCCGCCAGCUCGCUGCGUCAGCCGACAAUACCAUCCUCGCCGCCACCCGCUCCCUCGAAUCCGACCUCACAGACCUCAAGGCCAUCACCGGCCCAGCCAAGAUUCACAUCCUCCAAUGCGAUACUUCUGAUGUCGAAUCGAUCCGCAGCUUUGCCUUCAAAGCCAAAUCCAUCCUUGACGCCUCUGGCCUCAAGAUUGACGUCCUCCUUAAUAACGCCGGCAUCAAUAAGAAGUCGCACCAGACCAGUCUUGACUUCGACCCCGAGUCCCUCCUCGAGCAGAUACAAGUCAACGUCAUCGGCCCCGCCAAGGUAGUCGAGUUCCUCAACGCAGGUUCUUUGCUCUCACCGAACGUCCGCAUUGUCAAUUUUACGUCCGGGCUAGGGUCCAUGACGGAGAGCCUCGGCGCCCCGGGAAACACAGCGAGGAAGUGCUGCACGUACAGUAUCUCCAAGGCAGGGCUCAAUAUGUUGGCUGUGCACCAAUCUGGGGAUCUGAGGGAGAAGGCCGGAUUACACGGGGCUGUGGUGAUUCUCAUGGAUCCGGGCUGGGUCAAAACGCAUCCCACGAUGUCGGCCCCGAAGUUUGAGAUUGGCCGUCUAAUUUCCCAUUUCACAAACAGGCCGCUUGAGGAUCAAGCUUCUGGUUGGGCGGAACUAUGGGAUACUGAUCAAUCUGACCUCUGGGAUCGAGGAAGGCCGUCGGCGCCGCUCAUUGAGCUCGUCGAGUCACAUCCAGAAGUCCUUCCCAAACCUACCGCCGGACGCCGACUAAAGGCCUUGGUUCCAGGCUGCGGAAAGGGGUACGAUGUUGUGAUGCUGGCACUGCACGCCUUUGAUACCUACGGGUUGGAAGUUUCCAGCGCCGCUAUCAAGACUGCAGAGGCCUACGCGGCUCACGAGCUUGGUGAACCAAGGCCUAUUAACUAUGGUAAUAAAGAUGAUCCCGCUGUAAGUGAGCUUGGCCUCGUCAAGUUUAUCGAGGGAGACUUCUUUUCGAGGGACUGGGAGAAGGAUAUAAAUUUUCAGGAUGCUGGGGGAUUCGAUCUCAUCUACGACUACACGUUCUUGUGUGCUCUGCCGCCCGAGAUGCGUCAAGGUUGGGCGCGGAGAAUGAGCGAGCUGCUUGCCCCUGGCGGCAUUCUCGUCUGCCUGGAAUUUCCCCUCCACAAGGAUAUGAAGUAUCCUGGCCCUCCUUGGCCGUUGCAAGGAGUAUAUUGGGACCUUCUCGCCGAAGGGGGAACUGGGGUUGUACGUGAACUCGUGGACGAGAGUAGUGGUGGGAAUGGGGCUUUUGAGAGGAUUUUAAGAUAUAAGCCGAAGGAAUCGUAUCCUCAGGGGCAGGGGAAGGAUAUGGUUGGUGUCUGGAGUCUCAAGCAAGGUGAGGUUAAGAGUUCAAACUUGUAG